GCCGCAGCACAGCCCGCCUACACUCGCGGUGAAAACGGCGAUAAAAAGAAUGGACUUGGUCACUGCGCGAGGCACCAAGAUAAAGGCUUAUGUAACUCUGAUUUAAAGAAACAGGAUCCCUGCACUCACCCCUUGAUUCUGUGCGUUAGCGCUUUCUCCUGGAAUCCCAUUCAUCCACGCUGAGCUCCGGCAUCUUGCCUCCACUGUCUCGCACACUUGCUGUGCUGCAGCUGUCCCUUUAGUGCCACAACUAUUUAAGUCCGACUCUUCCAGGAAUGCUUCAGUCAUCUGCUUUUUUUCUGUUUCUCUCUUAUCACACAUGGCUAAUGAAUCAAGGCCCUGCCCAUGUGACAUUGGAGACAGGUUUGACUAUGGAGGCCGUGGGCAGGAGGUACAAGUUGAGCACAUCAAGGCUUAUGUUUGCAAACCAUCUACCAGCACAGACAAAGCCGUGAUUGUGAUUCACGAUAUAUUUGGAUGGCAACUCCCAAACACCAGAUACAUAGCUGAUAUGCUAACAACUAAUGGAUACAUAGCCAUCUGCCCAGAUUGUUUUGUGGGACAAGAAGCUUGGAAACCUUCUAAUGACUGGGGGACUUUCAAUGAAUGGCUGAAAACCCGAAAUGCCGGCAAAAUAGACAAAGAGGUUGAUGUCAUCCUCAAGUAUCUAAGGGACCAAUGUGGUGCAAAGAAGAUUGGUGUCAUUGGGUUUUGCUGGGGUGGAGCAGCUGUGCAACAUCUGAUGCUGAAAAAUCCUCAUUUAAAGACAGGGGUGUCCAUCUAUGGAGUGAUCAGGCAUUUUGAUGACAAAUCCAAUUUGCUGCAUCCUACCUUCUUCAUUUUUGGUGAAAAGGAUGAUGUAAUCCCAUUGGAGCAGGUCACCUUAUUGGAGGAGAAGCUUAAACAAAACUGUAAAGUUGAUUAUGAAGUUAAAAUUUACCCUGGACAGACGCAUGGGUUUGUGCAUCGCAAAAGAGAAGAUAUCAAUCCUCAAGACAAACCUUAUAUUGAGGAGGGAAGAAAGGAUAUGAUCAACUGGCUGAAUAAAUAUCUUUAGCUUAAAUUAAUGCCCAUAAACAAAAUCAAUUCUUCUAGGAAAUCAGAACAUGAUACAGACUGUAUUGCUUAAAAUGUUCUUGCAAACAUAAAAGCUUUUU